ACCGACGUCACUGUUUGUGUGCUGUGCACUGCUCGCUUUGGGGAAGAUGGCGGAGGCAGCGGCUGUUCCCCCGCAUCGGUUUUUCUGUCACUGUUGUAAGGGCGAAGUAAAUCCCAAACUCCCGGAGUAUAUCUGUCCACGCUGUGACUCAGGCUUCAUUGAGGAAGUGACAGAAGAUUCCAGCAACCUCCUAGAGGGCGGCGCUAAUGGAAUGGAUGACGCAGCCACUCAGUUUGCAGAGCUUUGGCAUCUCUUAUUAAUGGAACGGCCAUUUUCCAUCGAUGGCGACAACCCCGAUUCGGAACCCCGACUCCCGGGCGGGCGCUUGGGCAGGCUCAGCGACCUGGGGGGAGUUGGUAGCGGGCCCAUCGGGGGCUCAGUCCCUGCUGGCCUUGGAGGGCCCAUGGGGGUGUCGCUAGGCACAGGCGAUCACUGGGGCCCGGCGCGCCCCCCACGUUUACACACUCAAAGGAGAUACAGGACCAGAGUCAGUAGUAGACCUGACAGGUCACCUGCUGUUGAAGGGAUUGUACAGCAGUUCCUUGCAGGCCUCUUUGCCAACUCUGGAGUCUCUGGCUCACCACCACUCUCAUGGACAGGGAUGCUGCAUUCUAAUCCAGGGGACUAUGCUUGGGGACAAGGUGGCCUGGAUGCUGUCAUAACACAGUUGUUAGGUCAGCUGGAGAACACAGGGCCUCCUCCAGCAGAGAAAGAGCGAAUCUCUUCUCUUCCCUUUGUUAAUAUUUCUCAGGAACAAGCAGACUGUUGUAUGGAAUGUCCAGUGUGCAAAGAGGACUUUGAGGUUGGUGAGGCCGUCAGACAGCUCCCCUGUAACCACUUCUUCCAUUCAGCCUGUAUAGUGCCAUGGCUAGAGAUGCACGACACGUGUCCAGUUUGCCGGAAGAGUUUGAACGGCGAAGACAGCAGCAGUCAGCCCCCGUCAGAGCCCCCCUCCCUCUCCAUGGACCCCCGCACACAGGAGAGAUGGUCCUUCUGA